AGGAAACACACAACUAUACAUAUGCUCUCUCAGAAAAAAACAGAAAGUUUGAACAUGAAAAUCCCUUGGCUUAUGAUCUGGAUUGGAGCACUAUUUUCCAAUCCAGUCAUGACUGACUGCAAUAUUACUUCUCUUUCUGUCACUUGUGAGGAAUCUGCAAAGAAUUACUCUUCUAUCCCUACCUCCCUAAGUAAAAAUGUUACUAAAUUGUAUCUUAGCAAUAACAACAUUACUUUAAAUGAUACUGACAAAAAGGUUCUGCAGCUAUUUAUUAACUUGACUGAACUCUAUCUGAAUGAAAAUGCCAUUACUGUGCUACAUAAUAAUACCUUCUGCAAUCUGUCAGAACUCACAAUUCUAGAUAUUAGUAGUAAUUAUAUCAGUACAAUUGAACAGGCUGCAUUUAAAGGCCUAAAUCAACUAUCUAUAUUGUAUCUAAAUCAUAACAAAAUAUCCCAGUUGGAUUCUGACCCAAUUACAUCGCUAAAAAAACUGAUGAUUUUGAGUCUACAGGACAAUUUGUUGAAGUACUUUGAUGUAAAAGCGUCAUUUAAACUGAUUACUUUAAAUGGAAAUCCAUGGAAUUGUUCCUGUGGCCUGCUCAGUUUACAGAAAUGGUUGAAUACCUCAAAUGUGACAAUGGAACAUGAAAAUGACACUCUGUGUGCAUAUCCAGAUGUCUGGAACAAAUCUUCUAUCAAGACAGCACCUAUCCAAAAAGCUGAUUGUGACUCAAGAGGUUCUAUAGCAAUCACUACACCUUCCACAUCUGCCAUUUUAACAUCCUCUCUCAACUCUUCAAACAACAAUAUCAGGAGCAAUGCAUCACAUCCAGGUUCCCCACCUCUUGGCAAAACUUGGGUCUUUCUGCUGGGUGUUCUGGUGUUUGUCCUAAGCACUUCACUACUGAUUUUUUUUGUCACAAAAUUCCCACUGUGGUACGUCUACUUGAUCAGCUACAAUCACCGUCGUCUGAAAGAAUAUGAACCAGAAAUGUCUGACAAGGAGUUCACAACUGAUCUGAGCACUUUUCCAUCAAUAUCAAAUACCAAUGAGCAAGAUUCCAUUGCAGUAUUUGAACAAACUCACACAUUUGUACUUGACGAGGAUGGCUUUAUUGAGGACAAAUAUAUAGAUGACCCUGGAUUAACUGAAGAGGUCUAA